CCUCAGCACCAGCAGCAUCUUUUCCUCCGCGGGGCUUCAACCCUCGUCCGACCGCACUGACCACGACUAAAUCAGGGAAAAACACACCAGCGGACCUCGUUCUCCUCCUCCUCCAGCUCGUCGUUACUUCGUUAUGUCUGUGAGCCUGCCGCCCCUCCCGCCAUGCCCGCUGCUGAUCCAAACCUGCUGCUCCUCCUGCUGGCCUCGCUGCUGCUGAUCUGCCCGCUCCAUGGGCCGGUGGAAGCCGCGGAGCGGGGCGGAGGCCCGCCCUCCUCCCCAUCCUCCCCUUCAUCCCCAUCCUCCGGGCCGGGGGACAAUGGCCCCCCAGGCGCGGCCGAGGACACGGCCGUCCCGGAGAGACUGCUCACCUCCCCGGCGCUGCUGGCAGAGCCCCAGUUUGCCCUGAAGGUGCUGGUGAGAGACCUGGUGACCCGGCAGCCGCUGGCCGGGGCCUCGGUGGACGUGUACCUGAACCACACCUUGAGGAGUUCCACCCACACGGACGGCCGGGGGGAGGUCCUGCUCUGGGUGGAGUUCAGCGGGGAGCUCAGCCUGACUCUGCUGGGCAGCAUGCUGGGCUACGUCCCCACCCCCUUACCCUGGAGCACCACCAAGAGACCCAUUUUCUCUGCCGUGACGCUGCUGCUGCUCCCUCAGAGUCAGGGCAACAUCUGGCUGUUUGAAGACUCGGUGCUCAUCACCGGCAAGUUACCUGAUAGUUCUUCGCAACCAAAAGUGAAGUUCCCCAAGAACCUUCUCACGCUCCCUGACGACAGCAACAUCUCCUCAGUGAUGGCGUACCUGUCUGUGCCACAGCACCACCUGGCGGAGGACUGUGCUAACUGCACCCCGGGCAUCGUCAGCAGCAAAUCAGCCUUCAGAAGCAUCGCGUUGAAGGCGGUGGCCGCCAUCAGCGUCCUGCUGUACUCUGGAGGGGAGGAGCUCCAGGUUCGAGGGCCCAUCCAGAUCAGCCUGCCGCUGGGACGCAACACCAACCUGAGGGCGUCCGACACGGUGCCGGCCUGGGCUCUAAACCUGAAGACAGGUGCCUGGGAGACUCACGGUCUGGGGAUAGUUAAAACGGUUGGUGAUGAGCUGGUUUGGACUUAUACUGCAUCCCACCUGGGCUACUGGAUCGCUGCCCCUCAUCCCUCUUCAAAAGAUUAUCUGAGUCACGUGAGCUCCUUGGAGUUCAUCUCAUACCACACCUACAUGUUGGUGGGAAUACUGGGAGGAACUCUGGCCGUAGUCAUCGGAUUUCUGUCCUUGCUUCUGUGUCAGUGCGGGUCCAGUGGGUCCCAUCGGGAGCCCAGGAAGAGGAGGGCACGCUUCUCCAAACUCACAGUGGUAAAAAAAGACCAGACCACCUCCACUCACAUGGAAGAAGGCCUGCUGUUCCGGUCUGGCGAGAACAGCCUGGCCUCCUGCAGCGUCCAGUGUGAGACGCUGUCCACGCCCAGGCACAAAGCCAACUACAACAUCUACGUGGAGGACCCGGGGAGCCUCCCCGCCGCUCCUCUCUAUGAGAACAUAGAGCGGAUGAAGGGGGCUCAGCUGCCGUCUCACUACAUCAACAGUGACGAGGUGGCUCGGAUACGGGAGAAAGCAGAGCAGAACCGGGCCAACGUAAACUCGGACUUCUUUCAAGACAAGCUGGUUCAUAUCUACAACCAGCCGCUGGCCAUCGUUCAGGCCCCGGAGCUGUUUGGAGUUAAGGAGUCUGGCUGUCGGUCUAACACUUUCCCCAGGAAUGGAGUUGACUACGAUGCUCACUCGGAGCCUACGAGUAAGGACAACUACACCCAGACGCUGCCCAAAGUCCCCCAUCACCACUCCCAGGACGGGAGCCCCCAGCAGAACAGCCAGGACGACCCCCAGCCCCUGGAGACCCCCCCACCCGGACAAGGUGCUGCUGCCAGCGUGUGGGGGCGCUACACCAACCUGCUGGAGUCCUCCGUCUCCGUGCCCGGGACUCUCAACGAGGCCGCGGGGAUGCAGGCCUUCAGCAGCGGCCACGGCGUUCCCAGCGAGCUCCAGGGGAUUUCUGAGCGGACCUUGCUGGAGCUGACCCGGGGCAAGUCGGCCCCCAGAGCCUGGUUCGUCUCCUUGGACGGGAAACCGGCCGCCCAGGUUCGCCACUCCAUCAUCGAGCUCCAGAGCCGCCACCGCCCGCCGAGCAGCAACGACACCAGCCUGGACUCUGGCGUGGACAUGAACGAGCCUCAGCAGAACCUCCGGGAGACGGAGCGCGACAGGCUCAGGAUCAGGAGCUCGUCCCUGCAGCACCACGGCCGGGGCGGGCGCUACAGCGAGGAGCAGGACUUGAGCAGCAGCGAGAGCGGCACCACCGCCACCUGCACCCCCGAGGACCCGUCCCUGAGGAACAUUUUAGACGGCAGCAGUGGGGCUAUUCCCAACAUUCCUGAAGAGCGGGAUGGGAUGGAUACGUCCAGCGCUCAGGAGGACAGCGAGUCCAGGGGCACGCCGCCGCCUCGGCGCCUGAGGAAGGUGAGGGAGAAGGUGAAACCAGAAAAGAGGAGUACCAAGCACGUGCGGGAGGCCAGGCCUCUCACCAAGAGGAGUUAGACUCGUGGCAAACAUCAAGACAAGCGUUUCUUUUUUCAUCUGCAAGUAGAGAGAUUUAGGGUGCUUUCACACCUGUGGCCUGUUUGUUUUGUUCCGAUUCAGGGGCUAAAUCCAUACAGUUGUUCCGUUUCUCGUUCGUGGGGUUUGUGUUCAC